AGAAGAAAGGGAGGGGAGGGGAGAUCGAGGACGGCCGGCCUAGGCAGGCCGAGAAUGCAAUUUCCCCCGUGGUGGGAGCUGGGAGACCCUUGUGCUUGGACAGGACAGGGUCGGGGGACACGCAGGAUGAGCCCCUGGACCACUGGCACCUUCUUGCUGACAGCUUUUUUAUUAAGCUCUGCUGAUGGCAUAAGUGGAACAGUUAACUGGAAGACCAAACAGGCCAACAAUUUUAUUGUCAGCAGAAAAAUGGCUGCUGGGAAGAAACAUGUGUACACCAUCUUCUCGAAGGUGCACUCUGAUCGCGAUGUGUACCCAUCUGCUGGUGUCCUCUUUGUUCAUGUUUUGGAAAGAGAGUCUUUUAAGGGAGAAUUUCCACCUUACCCCAAACCUGGCGAGAUUAGUAAUGAUCCCAUAACAUUUAACACAAAUUUAAUGGGUUAUCCAGACCGACCUGGAUGGCUUCGAUAUAUCCAAAGGACACCGUAUAGUGAUGGAGUCCUGUAUGGGUCUCCAACAGCUGAAAAUGUGGGGAAACCAACAAUCAUUGAGAUAACUGCCUACAAUAGGCGUACCUUUGAGACUGCAAGGCAUAAUUUGAUAAUUAAUAUAAUGUCAGCAGAAGAUUUCCCGUUACCAUACCAAGCGGAAUUCUUCAUUAAAAAUAUGAAUGUAGAAGAAAUGCUGGCCAGCGAGGUGCUCGGAGACUUCCUUGGGGCGGUGAAGAAUGUGUGGCAGCCGGAGCGUCUGAAUGCCAUAAACAUCACGUCGGCCCUGGACAGGGGCGGCAGGGUUCCGCUCCCUAUCAAUGACAUGAAGGAGGGCGUGUAUGUCAUGGUUGGUGCAGAUGUCCCGUUCUCUUCUUGUUUACGAGAAGUGGAAAACCCACAGAAUCAAUUGAGAUGCAGUCAAGAAAUGGAGCCUGUAAUCACCUGUGAUAAAAAAUUUCGUUCUCAAUUUUACAUUGACUGGUGCAAAAUUUCGCUGGUUGAUAAAACAAAGCAAGUGUCCACCUUUCAGGAAGUGAUUCGCGGAGAGGGGAUUUUACCUGAUGGUGGAGAGUACAAACCCCCUUCCGAUUCUUUGAAAAGCAGAGACUAUUACACGGAUUUCCUAAUUACAUUGGCUGUGCCCUCGGCAGUAGCAUUGGUCCUUUUUCUAAUACUUGCUUAUAUCAUGUGCUGCCAACGGGAAGGCGUGGAAAAGAGAAACAUGCAAACACCAGACAUCCAACUGGUCCAUCAUAGUGCUAUUCAGAAAUCUACCAAAGAACUUCGUGACAUGUCCAAGAAUAGAGAGAUAGCCUGGCCCCUGUCAACGCUUCCUGUGUUCCACCCUGUGACAGGGGAAAUCAUACCUCCUCUCCACGCAGACAGCUAUGAGAGCACUAACAUGCCAUUGAUGCAAACACAGCAGAACUUGCCACACCAGACUCAGAUUCCCCAACAGCAGACUACAGGUAAAUGGUAUCCCUGAAGAAAGAAAACUGACCGAAGCAAUGAAUUUGUAAUCAGACAAUAUAGCCGUUAUAGCUUAUUUCUUCUCUCUUCCUUAAUGCAUGAGCUUUUCUGGCAUAUGGUAUGCAUGUUGACAGUAUUAAGUAUAUACCAAAUAAUUCAAUAUAGCUUUCAUUUUACUAAUGUAUUUCUUUUGUACUUAAAGCAUUUUUGACAAUUUGUAAAACAUCGAUGACUUUAUAUUUGUUACAAUAAAAAGUGAUCUUUAAAAUAAAUAUUAUUAAUGAAGCCUA